AUGGCCAUUACGAAAUCUGGGAAAUCUGCGAAAUCGGGUAAAUUUGCAAACAAAACUACUCAAUUACCGCAGAAUCUCGUUGCGGAGAUCGACGAUAAGUACGGUACGAAGACACCGUCUCGUAAAUUAAGAACAAGGAAGGAGACUCGUAAGGAAAUAAGGUCGAAUAAGAAACAGUCACAUAAAGGCGCACCUCCAGUCGUUAAGAAGCAGCUAGAUCCCAAUGAUGCCCGUACCCAGGGAAGAGAGAAGGCUUAUCAGCAGCCGAUAAAGGAGGCAGACAGCAGUAAGAGCGACAGCAGUAAGAAGGACACAGACAAAUCAAAGGCUAUUGAGCAACUCGUUGAUCCUUCUAAAAAAUCAAAGAAAACUAAAUCUAACCCCGAAGACGAUGAAAUCGCUUGGCUCGAAUAUCAACUGAAGAAUAAGAAGUCUGACGAUAUUAAGGAUGAUCUAGACGAUCUUCUCGAUGAUGUCAAUGGCAUUGAGGGUCGUCUGUUCGAUGAUCAGCAGGAGCAUAAUGAGCAAGUCGAUGAUGAGGAGAUGAUGAUCGAUGAUAAUCUGAACCAGGGUGACCCCAGUGAAAGUGAAGCAAGUGAGGAAAGUGAAGAAAGCGAGGAAGAUGAUGAAGAUGCUGGCAGCAGCAAGGAUGAAGAAGGUGACACAGCUUUGGAUGAAACUAUGGAUGAAGCUAUCAACGAUACAAACACACAAACUCAGACGCAAACUCACGAACCCUCCUCCCAACCAGCUAAAUACAUCCCUCCAGCUGUCAGAGCAGCCCGUGAGCGUAAGCUGCAAGAAUCACAAAGCGUCAAUGUGCAAAAAUCAGAAGAGCUACAAAAGAUAAACAAAAUUGUCAAGGGAUCGUUGAACAGACUUUCAGAAGCAAACAUUGAAUCUAUCCUCCAACAACUCCUCGACCUAUACCGCACCAAACCCAGACAUGACGUGACAAGUUCUAUAGUAGAUCUAGUGCUCUCUACAAUAGGAUCACGUGAUAACAUGCUCGACAGCUUUGUUAUCCUCUACGCCGGUUUUAUAUCAGCUUUGCAUCGACUAGUUGGUGUGGAGUUUAUAGCCCAUCUCACUCAAACCACUAUUACAAAACUCGACGCGAAUCCAUUGUCCCACUCAACGGAAGGUGGGGCUAGACAAAAUCUCAAUCUCAUCAGCAUGCUUUCCGAGCUUUACAAUCUCGGCAGUCUCUCCAAUGCCCUCAUAUACGAUCUAAUACGCGCACUCAUAUCGACCGACAGAUUGAAUGAGGCGCAGAUCGAUGCUGUAUUGCGCAUAGUUAGGAGUGCCGGUCAGCAGUUGCGCCACGAUGAUCCUGGAUCACUCAAGGAAAUUGUCCUUGCUGUGCAGAAUAAAGUUGAUAGUAUAAACAAGGAAGAGCUCGGCUCACGGUUCAAAUUCAUGCUUGAGUGUCUCAACAACCUGAAAAACAACAAGAUAAAAAACCUUCCAGGUGCUCAAGGUGGUAGUGAAUCCCGAGAUAGAAUAAAGCGAUACAUAAAAAACAUCGACAAAAGACCGGGCGUGUCGACCACAGAAGCCCUCACUGUCAGCCUCAUAGACCUGCGACAAGCUGACUCGAAAGGAAAAUGGUGGCUUGUCGGUAGUGCCUGGAGUGGUAACCCGCUUGUCGAUAAAAAGGAGGACUUUGCUAAAAAUAAAGGUGGCGAUGAUGCCCUCGUCAAGCUGGCUAAGAAACAGGGCAUGAAUACUGAUGUGAGACGGAGUAUUUUCAUUAUUCUCAUGAGCAGUGAGGAUUACAUUGAUGCUUGUGAUAGAUUAGGUGGCUUGGGAUUAUCUGAGGUGCAGCAACGUGAGAUUGUCAGAGUCAUUGUCCACUGUGCUGGUAAUGAAAAACGCUACAAUCCUUAUUACACAAUGGUUGCCUCGCAUUUGCUCAGUCAGUCGCAUUCAACUCGAAUCACUUUGCAGUAUGUCAUGUGGGAUUUCCUAAGAGAGCUCGGUGAAGCAGGCGUGGGUGGAUCGGAGAUAUUGAAAAACGGAGCGACUGGUGGAGAUGGAUCGACCGUGCGCACCAGUCGUAUAGACAAUCUCGCUAAAUCUUUAGCCUGGUGGGUUGCUAAGUCGUCAGUACCACUGUCUAUCUUCAAACCAGUCAUAUUCCCCACGCUCACCCCAAAGGCUAGAGAGUUCUUCAACAAAUUCUUUGUCUAUCUCUUCCUAUCGAUACAGUCAUCAUCACCAACUCUCAACUUGGACAGCAAGAGGGGUGACAAGAGUGUGAUCGACGGUAUCAUGAUGAAAGCAGCUCCAAUCUCCAACUUGGCGAAUGGAUUAAAGUGGUUCCUCAGUCAUAUGGACCUAGGAGACCUUACUAAGAGGGAGUUGGAUAUCGUUGAUUGGUGCGUUAUGUCAUCAAACGAUGCCCUCAAGCUCGGAAUGAGCUUGAGUGAGUAG